CAUUUUUGUAAUUCAAUCGCAGUAACUUUGAGCAAUUUCUCAAUAUAAAUAUAUAUAGAAUCCUGAGCGAUGAGCAGAAGUGACCAAGUAAAACAACUUUCUCCAUGCGCAUACGAGGCAGCUCAUAUCUUUGGCUACUGCUUGUUUUAAAUAUCAUGAAUGCCACGAAUGGCUAUCGAAUGGUGAAGAGACACUACCAAGGACAAGGUCCCGCAAAUCUCUAUGCCGACUUUGCGUCCAUUAACACGGGUGCCGGAGGAGGAAGAGGAGUGGGAGCUUUCAAGCAAGAGGAUUGUCAUUUAAUAAAUGCAGGUGAAGCAGCGGGUGUAGGUGGAGGAGGUGUAGGAGGAGCUGCUGGAUCCUCUGGAGCCGGCAGUGGCCAGCAACAAUGUAGUCCUGGUCAAGAAGAUCCCGGCCGCAAAUGUGAUGUAAAACAAAUCUUUCAACCCGGCGACCCGAAACAAAAGUCCUCAAGCAUUGCCAUAAAGGCAGCCCAGGAUGCCAGAGCCGCAAGUGAGGCUCAAGCAGCCGCUGGUCUAGCUGCUGCCCAGCACAUCAAGCAGGAACUCGCCGAGAAGGCCUUCCAAUCGGCCAAGGCAGCCGAAGCGGCACUCACAGGCAAGCAAAUGGUUGUCGAGCAAUUGGAGCAGGAAAUGAACGAAGCCUCCGCCGUGGUCGAGGAGGAGUCCUCCUCUCUGCAGAACACAGAGAUGAAUAUGAAUGCCGCCGUGGAUGCAGCACGUGCUGCUACCCAGCAAUUUGAGGCCCUAACCGAGCUUCAAAAAACCGCCAAGGAUAAUCUGGCCAAUAUUCAAACCGUCGCAAUGGGUUCACAGCAAGAAAUGGCUUCGAAAACUCAAUUACUCGAGGCAGCCAAAAACCGUGUAGGUUUGCUCCAAAAGCAAUUGCAAAGUGCUCGCGAAGACUUUGAGAAGACGAAACAAGCCGCCUACAAAGCAGCUUGUGCUGCGGUUGAGGCCAAACAGAAGGCAUCAUCGAAUGCGACCAAUUUUAGGCUACGUCGACGAAGUCAUCGUCGAGGUCGUAGACGAGAGGAGGUAACGGAUGAGAGGCAAGGGGCAAAUGCUGGCCAAACUUAAACAAAUGUUUCUUUUUUCUCCACUUUUAUGUAUAUAUAUUUUGUAUAUUAUAUAUUUUCUUGUGUUUAGCUGACAAAGAGAGUUUAGAGAACGCAAAGUGAGCAGGUGCAAUAGGAAAUAGUUUCUUAUUCAAGGACAAUUUGUCUCC